AUGGCUUCUUCUUCUUCUUCCAAGCCAAAAAAUGAAAUUCACCGCCUUGCAAUGUCUGAUUUUCUUCCGAACAAAGUGGCCAAACUCCGCCCUCUAAUAAAGGAAGAUAAACCCCAGAAACAUAGGUUCCUUCCGGACAAGAAUCGUCAAGCACUUCAAGAGAAAGCCAUACAACUUCUUGACUCUCCAAAUCAUGAUGCCAUUCAACAUCUUAUUACAAACUUAGAAUCAUCAGACGAUAGCAAAGCAUUGUACGAUUUCUGCAAAUCCAAUUACCCGAAUGGGUUGUCUUUGAAGCUAUCAAAGCUCCUCCUUCACUCUCCUGGAAAUGCCUCUGAAAUCAAAUCCAAAUGCGCUUGUCUCCUUCACUCUCUUCUCGAUUCUCCCCGAAAUUCAACCAGUGCCUGGAGUAUAUCCUCUCACAUGAUCAGGGAAGAGCUCAAAACUGCCAUUCUUGAAAUUCUUAAACAAGAUAACCCCGAUGAAGUCUGCAAAUUGAUGUGGAGGACAGCAUCUCAGAUAUUUGGCUGUAUUCUUAUCGAGGAUCAGGGAGAGUGGCCGGAUAUGCUUAGUUUCUUUUUGGAGUCUCUGGAUUCGUGUCUAUUGUUCGUUCAGGAUCGUGCCGCGUUGUUCUUUUUGGAGUUGCCCCCAUGUCUAGGCGAAGAACUGAGUCAGUCUGUUGAAGAAAUCCAUCUAAAAUUGUGGAAUAAGUUCAAUUCUUCCGAUGGAAUGAGAAAAGUUCUUGCCUUGGCUGCCUUAGUUAAUCUUGUUCAACAUAUGUCGAGUGAUUAUUACUCGAAGUUUCAUGAUAUGUUGAUGCCAAUGAUAGAAGGAGUCUCUGGUUUUCUUGAAAAUGAAAUUGAGGAGGAAAAUGCGCAAAAAAGUCUCAAGAAGUUAGUAGAGUUAGCUGGGGCAGAGCCAAGGUUUUUCGACUUGCAUCUGAAUCAAGUGUUUGAUACAAUGCUUACAAUUUGUGAAAAUGAUAAGUUGGAAGAAGAAACAAGAUAUCUUGCGGUAGAAAUGAUGUAUGCUUUUGAUGAUAUUUCGAUAAAAAGGGUAGGCGAGAUGAUUCUAGGAAGGCUGUCUUCUGUGUUGGUUCGGAUGAUUUCACUUAUCCCCGAAGGAUCGAGUAAUUAUCUUCUGGGAGAGAAAUUUAUGUACAGGCUUCCAAUGGUAAGGGGUGAAGAUAUGAAUUUCUUACUCAACGAAAUACAGAAGGAAAGGGAUUCAUCAGAAUGGCGUAGACGAUAUGCAGCAGUUACAAUCAUCCGUAUCAUUGCAAAAGGAUGCGCAAAGGCCAUGAGCGAUAAUCUUGAGGAAGUGAUAAAUGUGGUGUUGAAAUCAAUGCUAGAUUCCUCUUUCGAUGUUCGUCUUGCUGCUUUUAAAACAAUAAAAGCUAUGAGUCUAGACCUAUCUCCAUAUACGCUAGAUCAACACGGAGGUGUGCUUUUUACUGCGCUACUUUUGGCACUUGAAGAUGACGAUACUCCCGUCAAACAGGUGAGAAAGAAUGAUGGACUUUUCAUUUGUCAAAAUCUAAGUUACUAA